UAUAUAGAUUUCAAUGGCUUCGUCAGUGUCAUCGUAUUUUAUUCUGCACGCGAAUCCGCCAAACCAGUUCAAUGAUGGCGAAGAUAAUGAAAAAGCUGAAAAGGAAAAGAAACAUGUGAAAAAGAACAAAAGCAACAAAAGCAAGCAACUCGUAAUAACAAGAAAUGAACUCACACGGAAGAGAAUGACCUUAAUUCGUACAAAGCUUGAAGAAUCCAGAGCUAGACAUUUUGAAAAGGUUCAGAACCAAGCCUUGAACUGCUCAAGACCCAUUCCACGUGUAGCUGAUGUUUUCACGCCAACCACGAAGGACAAAAAAGAUCCUGACACGGAAACAGCGAUGGAAAUGGUUCCAAUUUCAAACACAGGCGAAGAAGUACCGUACGUUUAUUUUGUCGUUUCACCAGAAAAACAGGAAAAAGAAACAAAAAUGAAAGCGAAAUUGAAAGAGGGACAGAGAGACGAUAAAAAACGGAAACAACUGGUUAGUCGAUCUACUGUUUUUACAACAAAGGAAGAUUAUGGAAUAUUUACAGACAAAUCAAAAACGAUGACGCUUGCUCAUAAUUUUGGACUUCCAUCACAGCCAAUGACUUUACCCGAAAGACCGCUUACUCAGAAGCAGAUAGUAUUUCCGCUGCCAAUAAAGUUAACACCUAAAAAUCCUCCAACUACUCCUGCAACAACAAUUACCACAUCUAUUGGACAUCGUGGGAGCAGAGAUUGGGAUUACCAGGAUUUUGAGACUAUAUAUGAAAAACCUAUUAAAAUGACUAUAUGUGAAGACAAUGAAAUUGUUGAAACUAGGGAAACUGUUGGAAAGGCCGUCGUACUGCGUGGAUCUACAAGAUCUUUGUCAACAAGGUGUUUGGAAUUGCCAUUUAUUUCCCUUGAUGAGCAAAGAAAAGCUUUAGGAACUGCAGGAUCAUAUGGUGUCAAAUCCCUUGAUUUCGUUCGAAAAUCAGUAUCUCAAGAUUCCUCACAGAAAAGAGUACAUUUUGCGGAGUCUGUUGAUCUUCCAUCUAUAAAAGGUAGUCAAAUUAGCAGUUUUAAUGAAAUUCUGCCUUCUCUUGGUCUUAGAGCGAUGACAGUUCCCGACUUAAGUUCAGAAAAAUCAAAAAGUUUAGGUGACUUGAAGUCACUUCCAGGAACCCGCCUCUUACAUUCGUCUUCUGGAAGAUCAUACAGGUCUGGUAAAUCACUCGAUUUACCAAAAAUUGACAUCGUAUCAUCUGUUUAUGAUGAGCUGAUUUUAAAAGCAAUAGAGGCAUACAUUAUGUCUUUACCCCCUUAUUCAAAGCAAUCCCAAAUAGCUAGACAACUCCUAGAACAGUUACAGAACAAAACAAUUUCCACGGCAGAGUUAGACAAAGAUCAAUAUAAGAGUAUCCGAGAAGACAUCGCUAAUCUACCAAGACAUACAGUUAGUCAACGUGGGAGACAACAGAAAAACAAUCCUCGUAAAGGUACCGCAGAGAAAUGUUACAGUCCACUGGAACCGAAAUGUUAUAGACUUGUUUUACCAGGAGCAUUACCUCCGGGGCCAAGUAUUAAGGUACUCCAGUCAUAGGUCCUUAAAAUUAUUGUUACGAAAUCAUCACAAAACGAUAAUGACCAAAGCCAUUGAUCGACAAUUUAAAACAAUAUGUACCAAAUGCUAAUUCAGUAAUAUUGCUGUUGAAUCCUCGUGGUUAAAAAUUUUGUAUUGUAAACAAACACGAGUGAUUCUAUCCAUGUAUCCUUAUUAUGCGUAUAACUUCUCUACAUGUGCCAAAAUUUGUUUUAAUGCAUAGCAUUGUUAGAAAAAAAACUGUUAUUAAGUGCUAUUUAUUAAAAUCUAGUUAUUUACUUUCGAUUGAU